AUGAAGGGUCUCUUUUUGUGUCUUCUCAUCGCUGCAUCAUUCUCUUUGUCAAUCGCGUGUGCUCGUUUUCAAAAACACGCGAAUCUCUUCUGUAAAUUUGACAAAGAAGCUAAGCCAUGUCUUCAGAAAAACGUGGCUAGCGAGGAGCGUAUCUGUUGUGGAAAAGCGGGUGGAUGCUCACUUCAAGAAUUCAACAAGGAGAGAGUCUGCUGUUUCACUCAAGAUUGUCUCGAUCGAUGCUACCCGGGAAAAGGACAUAAAAUGGGAAACGUUUAC